CGAAUUGGGUUUUUCUGCCGGGAUUAUUUAUCUGUGGACUGGAAUGGAGUAGUACGUCAAGGUACAACCCCCGCGUGCGGCAUUUCUUCUCCAGUGGGAUUCGUUUCUGAAACAUCCAUCCACAGUCAGAGAGAGUGAAGAGCUAGAAAUAGAUAGAGAUAUCCAAAUCCGCGCCGAAAAUGGGUGCGAGCAGCGAUCCGAACCAAGACGGAUCGGACGAGCAGCAGCGCCGCUCCGAAAUCUACACCUACGAAGCCCCCUGGCACAUCUACGCCAUGAACUGGAGCGUCCGCAAGGACAAGAAGUACCGCCUCGCCAUCGCCAGCCUCCUCGAGCAGUACCCUAACCGCGUCGAAAUCGUCCAGCUCGACGACUCCACCGGCGAGAUCCGCUCCGACUCCGCCCUCUCCUUCGACCACCCCUACCCCCCUACCAAGCUCAUCUUCGUCCCCGACAAGGACUGCCACCGCCCCGAUCUCCUCGCCUCCUCCUCCGAUUUCCUCCGCCUCUGGCAGAUCUCCGACUCCGACUCCUCCGCCGCCCGCCGCGUCGAGCUCAAGAGCCUCCUCAACAACAACCGCAACAGCGAAUUCUCCGGCCCGCUCACCUCCUUCGACUGGAACGAGGCCGAGCCGCGCCGGAUCGGGACCUCCAGCAUCGACACCACCUGCACGAUCUGGGACAUCGAGAAGGAGGUCGUCGAUACGCAGCUGAUCGCGCACGAUAAGGAGGUCUACGACAUCGCCUGGGGCGGCGUUGGCGUUUUCGCCUCCGUCUCCGCCGACGGCUCGGUUAGGGUUUUCGAUCUCCGCGACAAGGAGCACUCGACUAUAAUCUACGAGAGCUCCGAGCCGGACACGCCGCUGGUGCGGCUCGGCUGGAACAAGCAGGAUCCGAGAUACAUGGCGACGAUCAUAAUGGACAGUAGCAAGGUCGUGGUGCUGGAUAUUCGCUUCCCGACGCUGCCGGUGGUGGAGCUGCAGCGGCAUCAGGCCGGUGUGAAUGCGAUUGCGUGGGCGCCGCACAGCUCCUGCCACAUUUGCACGGCGGGGGAUGAUUCGCAGGCGUUGAUUUGGGACCUCUCGUCGAUGGGGCAGCCGGUGGAGGGCGGAUUGGACCCGAUUCUGGCGUACACUGCCGGGGCGGAGAUUGAGCAGCUGCAGUGGUCGUCCUCGCAGCCGGAUUGGGUGGCGAUUGCGUUUUCGAACAAGCUACAGAUUCUGAGGCUAUAAAUGACGAAAAAUUAGGAGACAAUCAGAGCUGUGAGUUAAGGAACUUCCUCACAGAAUCUCAAAAGCUGACGUUAAGUUAGAACCUACUGGCUUGUGGUAACAACAUCAGUUCUUCCACCAGUCAAGCCCCUGUUGUGGGCCUAAGAUGACAGACGGUUUAUGUCAGGAGUCAUGACGUUUUGCUCAACGACUCAAAGUGCUUGGCGUUUAAGAGUCCAGCAGGUUGAAGAAAGUGUGUUGUAGAUUAAGCAGUGCAACAGUGGUCUGCGGUUAAACGAUGGUGGAUUAACAGGGUUGUAAGUCACUUGCUGCCUCUACUGUUUAUUUUAUUAAAAUUAGUUUAGUUUCCAAAUGAACUUUGCCUUGCGGGAGUAAGCAUAUUAAUUCAUUUGUGUGCUGCAGCUACAGCGCCGACUUACGUGCUGCUCUCUGCUCUCUACUUUAACUUUGUAUGCAAGUCCACACUGUGUUAUUACUUAUGUGUGUAUUUUAGCUAGUUGUGACUUGUGAACGUAAUUAGUCAUUUUGACCUUAAUCGUAAGGACUCUUAUCUGAAUAAACAAUAUACCUGAGACAGAUAUGAUGACUUGAAAAUUCUCUCUGCAUCUGAUGUCUUUUAUGCUUAUGCCUCUUCCCUGUCUUAUAAUGGCUGAUGACCCCGGAAUGUUGGUUUGAAAUCCUACAUGAUACUCUUAACAUAGAUGGGCAGGUUAUGCUCUACUAGUACCUAAAGGCCCAAAACUAUAUAAAGACAACCAUUCUUGUUAACAAAUUUUACGUAUUUCCUAUCUAUCUUUCUGUGUUAUGUUCUUAGGUUAUGUUAAGAUGCUCUAGCCUCUUGUCUGCCCCCAACCCAGAGAGAGAGGGAGAGCACUAUGUUUAAAUCAAUUGGAGGGCUGUGUUUGAUUUGAUUCUUUAGAUCAUUCUGAUGAAUACCAGUUUGUCUAAUACAGUUAUAAUUCUGUGAUAUGCAAUGAUUUUCCAAUUUACAUAUGGUUGGGAGAUCAAUUUGAUGGCCAAAGGAUCGUGUAUCCGAGCAACCGGGUUAGUUUUUACCUUGAAUAAUGGCCAUGGUAUGUGUCUAUUAUAAGGAGGAGAAUCUUUAUUUCAAUUUCUUCAUUUUAUCUUUACCAGUUCUCUUACCAUUGAAUCUGCAAAUUUAAAUCUGUAACUACAUUUGGGUCCAUUUUUAGUUUUUACUUGUUAGUUCCUGACAUGCAGCCUUGGCAAUAGCUUCAUACUUCAUGUCUGAAGAUUCAUCUAUAAGCUUUGGUAAAAGAUGAUGUUUGGUUUGGUGGAAGCUUGUUACAUGAAAUUGAGAAAAUUAUGAUUGAUUUCUUUGUGUUUGACUUAUAUGUUGAUGUUCCAGUUGUAAGGACUACUCACAAGAUUUACCCAUUUAGCGGAGAAAAAAUUCCCUAGUCUAGAUAUACCCGUUAGACACUUAUACAAUGACGGGCUGGGGACUUUUUUGUUUCCAUUCCUUAUCAAUGUUGCAUGACUUGAACCGA